ACUAACCCUAUUCUCCUAAUUUUCACAAUUGACGUUUUCUUGCGACGUUGCUGUAGUUUUAUGGAGAUGGCGGACUGCAGAACAGCGGUGGAGUGACGACGGUCGGACGGCUAGCUGAGGGUUUAACUGAAGAGCGCGAAGGUGAAAGGGUUCUGGAUUCUGAAUUUUUUGAAAAACAUUAUUUAAGUUGAAGAACUCAGAUUGGUUGUUUAGGGAGGAAAGAAAUAUUGGAAGAGAUGCUUCAGAUUAAGCUCAGAAAGCCAUCCAGUGAAAGUGGGGGUCCUGCAAAGCCCUUACCCGUAGAUAGCAUUACUGUUGCAUGCCCUGAUCACCUUGUCUUAGCUGAUCUUCCUGUAGCUAAGAGCCUUGGUUUGGCAAGUACUGCAUCCAUUUCAAAAGCUGUUGGCCGCAAAUCCCGUCGUCAGCUUGGGGAGCGAGUGCAUUUUUGUGUUCGUUGCGAUUUCCCUAUUGCUAUUUAUGGGCGUCUGAGCCCAUGUGAGCAUGCAUUCUGUUUGGAUUGUGCAAGGAGUGAUUCUCUCUGCUACCUCUGUGAUGAACGCAUUCAGAAGAUACAGACAAUAAAAUUGAUGGAAGGGAUUUUCAUCUGUGCAGCUCCUCACUGUCUUAAGUCGUUCAUAAAGAAGAAUGAGUUUGAGGCUCAUAUUCAUGGAAACCAUGCUGACCUCCUCCAUCCAAAUGCAGAAAAAGAAGGAAAUGUGUCAGACACUGCCAAUGCUAGAAAACCUGCAGCCUCAGAUUCGUCUGUUCAAGCACCCCCUAGGUCUGCCUUCUCUCCUAGUCCAGGUUCCCAGGUUCAUGAUCGCGAAGACAAAGCUAGCCAUCUGCCAUCAAAGCUCACACAACCUUCUGCUGGGCAAAUUCAAAGUCAUCAAACAGAGAAUCAGGGUGAUAGUAAUCCUCCCCCCGGUUUUGAGAGGUCUGGACUCCAGAAUCAGUUUCCUCAGCAGACUUUUGAGACGCAGGGUGGGAUGAGGCAAGAACCGGGCCAAUUUCAAGACAAGCAACAAGGAGUUGUUGGAGCAUCUCCUUUUCCUGAAUACCCUAUUAAUGUUCCUCAACCUCAUGGUUUUAUGCCUGUUAAUCCAAAUCCAGUUUUGGCCCCCCCUCAAUUUGGUUACCCUCAUUUUGUACCUGAUGGAGCCCAACAAUAUUAUGGCGCCCCGUAUGAUAUGCGAAGGCCAGACUCAGCAGCAGAAGUUGGAUCCGAGCAAGGAUCAUUACUGGGUUUUCCACCUGGUCCUGCAGGGGCUGCAAAUUUUGCAGAAGCUUACCCUCGGCCAUGGAAUAUGGGGCAGGCUGUUGGGCCUUUUGAUUCUACUGCAGUUCAUGGAUUUAUGGAUGGUUUCAUGAAUGCACCUGAUCCUCAAGGAAGAAACGCAUUCUUUCAAGGAAAUUCUGCAGGAUUGCCUCCAAAUAUGCCUCCUGCCUCUUCUUCGUCGGCCAACAAAGGAUUAGAAACCGGACAGGGUGGAUAUUCGGUGGAUGGGAAGACUGUUCUGGCACCACAACCUAUGCCUCUCCCUCCUCCUCCUCCUUUGCCUCCCCAUAUGCACCAGCUCCAAAGAGGCAGAUCCUAUUCUGGUGAUACAGAGUCAUGAUACCAGGACUUAACAAGAGAAGCAUGAUAGCCAAAAUUAGCCUUUCUGUUUACUGUUUAAUGUUUGUUUGUAACCUUUUUUUGCUUACAGUUGUCCUUGUUGAAUGUGUUUUGUAAUGGAAACUGAUAGCAUCAAUAAGUGAAGUCUUUUGCGG